AAAAUACAAAUAUAAGGUAUGAACGUAUCUUUUGAAAUCGUCGUAGCGUGAGACUAGGACUUUUUCAAGGAGCCGAGUUUGAGUUGUUUGUUUUAUCCCCCGUUCGAGUCCUUGCUGCCUAGGUGAGCCAAGGAAAGUUUGAAGGGGGCGGGAAGAGAACAAACGGAGAAGGGAGAGGUGAGAGUCAGGCAAGAAAAUGUCUACAUCAAGAUCUAACUCACUGGAGUUUACACAAGCUGGGAAGUCUGUACAUAGAUCUUUUAGAAACAGGAACCUUUCAUUUGGCCCAACAAAUCAAGCCAACACCCUGGAAAAAGAAGAUGUUUCAAAUGAUUUCCCGUCAGCUACUUCACACAGGAGAACUUCAGGAAAUGAGCAAAAGCUUGAGCAACUUCAAAAAGAAAAUGCCAAACUGAAGCAAGAACUUGAAGACUUGAGACACCAACAUAAUCAGCUGCUAGAGGAGAGUAAGAAUGAAUGUUUUGAUGAACGACGUGUCAAUUUUUUGAAAGCUCAGCUGAUACAAUUGGAAAGGCAGGUGAUGUUGCUGACCGAAGGACUGACUUCUAGAGCAUCUCUGUUGUUGGAUGUAGACAAUGCUUUACAGCCAAUCCUGGAUAAGCUACAAUGUUUGCUCGCCAGUGAAAAUCGUUCAGCAGAUGUACCUGUGAGUCGAGCUGAAUUAAUAAGAAUGAUUGAGAUAUGCAAAGCAAUGAGCGACAAACUACACCAGAAUCAUCAGGCAACAAGUGUUGAUAAUCUUACACUGCCAUGGAUACUGUCUGAGAAACAAGCAACAAAAAGCACGGUGACCCUCUUGGACCUUUGUUUUGGAAGGAUGGAGAAUCUUAAUCUACUUUAUGUGAGUGCACUUGAGGGAAAACUCUGCAAACUAUUCAGGCAAUUACAUUCUACAAAGGAGACACUGAGCCUUAUUCUAUCCCCUGGAAAAGAAGUCCCUGAUUCAGCUUACCAUAUACUGCCAAAAGUUAUCUAUGCUCGAUUAAUGAAUCAUUUGACAGUGUGUAAUCAGUAUGUGGAGGAAUGUUCUAAAGAUUUACUAACAAUGACUCUGAUCGUACCAUCUGCACCAUGGGCACAAAUGGAAUGUUUGGUCAGCCAUGAAUUUACUGUGGAGAAUGUGCUGGCAGCCUUGCCUGCUCUUCCCAGGGGUGCUCCCCAGCAACGGGCAAAGCGAGCAGCAGAAGCACUGGUAAAAGCUGCCAGUUAUUCCAGAUUAAUGGCACUGCAGCAGAUACAUGCAUUAGAAGCUGAACUUGAUUUCCACCGAAGUAUUUACAGCCUGCAGGUUCAGUAUACUGAAGCCGUAUUCCAAGGGAUUAAACAAGCCUACCACAAUUUUCAAGAAAAUGUUGCAUCUGUUGUUUGUUGUCCACUAAAAGAAGUUCUUACUUCUUAUGCAGAACUUAAAAGUGAAGCAUCUGAAACAGCUUUGAGAAAUUUCUUGACAAUUUUCAAAAACAAUGUGGAACAGAUUCAAGAUGCAGUUGACACUUUGACGCCAUCAAAGACACAACAGCACGAAGGUGAUGAAGCCCUUUCAAAAUUAGGUAAAGAAUUCUUCCUUGCAUUGGAGCACUCACUCAAAAUCUGCGGAGAACAAAGGGAUAAAUCAGUUUAUGAGAUAGAAAAACUAAAAGAUGAACUUGAUCAGUCCCUAGAAACGCUUAAUCAUUUGAGGAAGGAACGGAAAGAAAGAGGGGGUUCUACCAAAAACCACCCUGUAAAGUCUGAAACAGGAGAUGAUGAAAAAGCAGGAAUGGCUUCACUUGAUCAAGAGGAGAAAUCAGAUGUUCUUGCUGAGAAUGUUGAGCACAUAAGGAAACCUAGCCAGCCAUUUGCUUCUAGUAAGGAAAGACAUCUGUUUAAAAACGAGUCUUUGCAGAUGAAGCAAGGUUCUGGGAAAGACCAUAGCCAAAGAAGUAAAAGUCUUCAGAGAAGUAAGAGUGUUAAAUAUCCCGCACGGCCUCCCUGGCAAGACUGAAUAAAAUGUAAUAUAAUUAAUGUACACUAGUGUUAACCUAAUCGGAAAUUUUAGCAAACAAAAAUACAUUUAUUGAGAGAAAAUACAUUUUCAACAAAGUUUUCUUAUUCAGGUUCCAGGAGGCCUUUUGUAUAAAUGUCAGUUCAAGUACGACAAUCUGCAAAGAGCCUGUUUGGUUUUCUUAAAGUUUCAUGUUUCAGUUUACAGCAAAUAAUUGGCAGAUUAAUUAGCUAGUUGUUAACUUUAAAACCAGAUCAACUGUAGACGAUUGUAGUGCAGGAUAGGAGCCCUUUUGAAUCCAACCUUCAAUAUAAUGUCAUUAAUUUUGUAUUAAAUAAAACUAAAAAAAAAAAAAAGCCCAUGUGAUUAUAACUACACGUGCUGUUAGUGUGAUUUAUGUCAUAAUAAUGAUCUAUAAUGAGCUAUUAGUGUAAGAAUUACUUCUAUUAAAGAGCCAUUUAGAGAAAUCAUCUGUAACUGACAAGGUUUCACUCACUCACUCAUUCAAUCACUAGUUCUGUUCUAUGUGUUCAGCUUUAAUACUGAUCUCUCAGAGGCAUUAACUUACAGAUCUGUAGAACAGCUCUGAUGUCUUUUAUUAGUUCCGAUGUCUAUGGAUUUCUAUGGUGCACUCGCUUUCUUAUAAGGAUCUGUGUAUUAGAAACUGAACAUUAAAGUGGAGCAAGAAGCUAAUGAUAACGGCUCUAAAAAAAUACAUCUCCUGACCGUGUGUUUGCACUUUAAUAUCAACGAUGUUCUCGAGGUUUUAUUGUUAAGCUAAAUAAGUGAAAUACAAGGGCUUUUUAGUGGUUUCAUAGAAAAUAGUAUAUUCAACUUCAAUCAGAAAAUGGAAGACACUAAUUUAAUUUUCUGCCAG